AUGUCCGACGACUCACCGAAGCGAAUGCCGUGCCGCGUGCGUAGCACUUUCGACAUUGCGAAUCCGCUCACCGAGCUCCCAGCGGAGCCGAUCAUCCUUUCUCCGGAAACCAUCCGCCGUAGACAGGCGGCUCUCAACGACGUGCUCACCAAUGCGACCUGCGAGGAGGGGACUUCAAUGGAUUCCAUCGCCACGUACAUCCCACCCCACACCCUCCGUAAACAGGGAGAGGAGGAAACUGCUCGACUGAAAGCGCUCGCGAUUGCCGAAGCGACCGGUAAGGCCGCUAAGAAAGCGGCCAAGAUUGCAGCCCUCGAGGAGCAACUAGCUGCUCUCAAAAAGGAGGCAGCCCAAGAACAUACUCUCAAUUUUGAGAAACUAGCAAUUUCCCAUCCGACGUCGGUUGUUGCUCAUGGGGUUGCAUUCGGGUCUUCGGCCACUGCUGAAAUGGCGUCCGGAGUGAUCGGACUCAUUUCCCCAACCGGCUCCAACAACACUGUUUUCGUUGCUCCCCCAGCCAUCGGAGCUCUGGUCGCUGCUCCACCUGCCAUGGGCGCUCUGAUGGGUGCUCCACCAGGGAUCGGAGCUCUGGUGGUUGCUGCUCUCCAACCGGCAACUCAGCCAAGUGUCCAAGACGCUGAUCGCGAGGAUGAUGCGAGUUUCGGAGACGUUAGUUUGACUCUUUAUGCGUGGUAAAUAGGAUUGUAUUUUUCAGGAUUUCCAGCUCAUCCACAACGAAUACGUGCAAGCUCUUGCCGUGGACAAGAAGAAGCAACGCUAA